AAAUCACAUGAUCGGUGCCCUGUGACGACACGGAACGAAACGCCAUUAGACAUAUCGCAGAGAUUGAUCGGGAAGCCGUUCAGUUUUUAAUCAAGGAAUCCGCGCGCGAAGUUGAUCGGAUUCGCGUUCCGGUGGGUCUCUCCACGCAUCGGUUUCACGCUUGAGAGUCUAUGGCCGCUGUGAUCGGAUAGAGGAUCGGACCUGAGGUUCUGUUGUUGUGUCAGUAUGGCGGCGGCGGCCGGAGGGAAGACCUACUCGUUCAAGGUGGUGCUGCUCGGGGAGGGAUGCGUCGGCAAAACUUCGCUGGUGUUGCGAUAUUGCGAAAAUAAAUUCAAUGACAAACACAUCACCACUCUACAGGCUUCGUUUCUCACAAAGAGGCUAAACAUCACAGGAAAGAGAGUCAAUCUGGCUAUUUGGGACACAGCCGGUCAGGAGCGCUUUCAUGCACUCGGACCCAUCUACUACAGAGACUCCAAUGGGGCCGUCUUGGUCUACGACGUCACAGACGAGGACUCGUUUCAGAAGGUGAAAAACUGGGUUAAAGAAUUAAGGAAAAUGUUAGGAAAUGAAAUAUGUUUAUGUAUAGUAGGCAAUAAAAUUGACCUGGAAAAAGACAGGCAUGUUUCAGUAGAGGAUGCAGAGGGGUAUGCAGAGUCAGUUGGUGCAAAACACUAUCACACAUCAGCCAAAUUAAACAAAGGAAUAGAGGAGCUGUUCCUGGACCUGUGUAAACGCAUGAUGGAGAGUGCUCAAGCGGACGAGAGGUCGAAGGGGAACGGCGCAAGCAACACAAGCACAGCGCGGAGAGGCGUACAGAUCGUCGACGACGAACCCCAGACUGCCAUGGCCGCCGGAGGCUGCUGUUCAUCCGGCUAAUCACAUUUACAUUUUACCAUAUCGGGACUGAUAACUCCUUUUCUCCCACGGCUACACCCAUCUGCUACUGUCUGCGAAAUAAUUUCUUUAACAUUGUUUCUUAUAGAAAAACUUUAUUAAAAUGCCACCGCGCUCCCAGGCCAUUGCAGUGUUUGAGGAUGUAAAUGCCAGACUGACCCACGCUCAUUAUAUUCACUUUGGCAAAGUAAUGGAGACCUGACACCCAAUCUUAAAACAAACUGAUAUUUUCCUAACUGUCUGAUGCUUUCUCCGUUUCAUUUGGAAUGGUGUUGUGCAUGUUGAAUCUUUAAAGCUUCAUUUUAAUUUUACGUCAAUGAUAAAAGUCUUUAUUUAAUAACUUAUUUACAAGUUAUACCAAACAUCUUCAGGUCCAAUGACCUUUGUACAACUACAGUAGUAAUCGAUAGGCUUGUGUCAUUCUUACACCAUCUCAUUUUCUGUUGUUGAGGUAUCUUCUGUAUCUUUCUUAAAAUAAGAAAUUAAAAACCAUCUAGAACGUUUAAA